AUGAUGAGAAUACGCUGGCCGUUUGUCGGGGCCUUCUGCGUGCUGCUGGUGGUGGCCGGCUAUGCCGGACUGUCGUCGCUGCAGCUGGGCCACCUUAUCAAUGACAAGCUGCUGCACCUGGUCACGUUCUUCGUCCUGUCGGUGGUCUUCUACUGGAUCGUCGACACGAACCGGCGACGGGCGCUCAACCUGGCGGUGGGCGUGUGCGUAUUUGGGCUGGGCAUCGGCUCGGAGGUGCUGCAGGCAGUCAUCCCCAACAACGGACGCGAGUUUGACGUCAUGGACAUUGCGGCCAACAUGCUGGGCAGCUUCGUGGGUGUGACGCUCUGCACGAUCUACCACAAGCGCAUGCUCGAGCGCAAGCGACUGCGCAGGUAUACAGCAGUGCCGGGCGAAGACGACGGCGAGCUGGUCGACGGUGCCGGCGACGUGGACGUCGAGCUGGGCGAAGGUGUCGGGCUACAUGACGGCGACGGCGGCGUGCCUGCUGCUGCUGCUGCUCUGCCUGCUGCUGCUGCUUCUGCUGUUUCUGCCGCGGCCACGCCGAGCACAGCGCUUCCCGCAGCGACAGCACCACGCGCCGUCUCGCUCGAGGAGGAGCUGGACAACUGGGACGAGAAUGCGGAGGACGACGCUUGGGGUGAGGCGGACGGGGACAUUGGCGGAGCAGCCUCGCCGCCGCCGAGCAAGACGAAGAAGCACGCAGAUUAG